AAGCGACUACACAAGGGUGUGACUUCAAAUUUCCAUGGAGUCUGGUGGUGAUUCCAAGUUUGAUACAAGAACUUCAGAGGAAAAAGCCAUUGAUGAAUGGCUCCCGGUAACCUCAUCCAGAAACGCAAAGUGGUGGUACUCAGCCUUUCACAAUGUCACCGCCAUGGUUGGUGCCGGUGUCCUCAGUCUUCCUUAUGCCUUAUCUCAACUGGGAUGGGGCUUUGGAAUCACGGUACUGGUCAUGUCUUGGGUGAUUACAUUGUACACAUUGUGGCAAAUGGUGGAGAUGCACGAAGUGGUUCCAGGCAGGAGGUUUGACCGGUAUCAUGAGCUAGGCCAAUAUGCUUUCGGUGAGCGGCUUGGGCUUUACGUGGUCGUCCCUCAGCAGCUUGUGGUGGAAGUUGGUACCUGCAUUGUUUACAUGGUCACUGGAGGUAAAUCUUUGCAGAAGUUCCAACAAUCCAUUUGUCCAAAUUGUAGACCUAUGAGGACAACUUACUUCAUCUUGAUUUUCUCUUCCGUUCAUUUUGUCCUCGCUCAUCUCCCCAACUUAAAUUCCAUCUCCGGUGUCUCUUUGGCUGCCGCUGUCAUGUCCUUGAGUUAUUCUAUGAUUGCUUGGGUAGCUGCUUGGAAUAGGGGAGCUCAUGAGGGUGUGGACUACAGCUUGAGGUCAAAAACCGCUAUAGGUCAAAUGUUCGGCAUGUUUUCUGCUUUGGGUGAUGUAGCCUUUGCAUAUGCUGGUCACAAUGUGGUCUUGGAGAUCCAAGCAACCAUUCCUUCGACUCCUGAAAAGCCUUCCAAGGGACCAAUGUGGUUAGGUUGUGUCGUUGCGUAUAUCAUUGUUGCCAUUUGCUACUUCCCCGUUGCCAUAGUUGGAUAUUAUGCCUUUGGAAACCUUGUCGACGACAACAUCCUCAUCACUCUUGAACACCCAGCUUGGCUUAUUGCGACGGCUAACAUGUUUGUCAUCAUUCAUGUCAUUGGUGGUUAUCAGCUUUUCUCUAUGCCAGUGUACGACAUGAUCGAAACCUACUUGGUUAAAUCAAAGAAAUUUAAACCAAGUAAUGCCCUUCGGUUCGUUGUUCGUACUACAUUUGUUGCUAUCACCACUUUUGUUGCAAUCACAAUCCCUUUCUUUGGUGGUCUUCUUGGCUUCUUUGGAGGGUUUGCCUUGGCUCCAACAACUUAUUAUCUUCCUUGCAUCAUUUGGCUGGUGAUCAAGAAACCCAAAAGGUGGAGCCUAAGUUGGUGCAUAAAUUGGAUUUGCAUCGUAAUUGGUGUUAUAUUGAUGAUCGUAGCUCCCAUCGGAGGUCUAAGGUCGAUCAUUAUGUCGGCUGGGAGCUACAAAUUUUUCUCGUAAACUUCCAUCUCUCUCUCUCUCCUAUACUCGAUAUAGUAGAUGAUGACCACGAAGAAG